GCGCGGCGUCCAGGCGAGGGCGCACACGACCGGCGACUGCGACAGCGAAGGCGACGUUGCUGGCUCCCGAUUUUUGGCAAGAAGGAACUCAGACAUGACCAGGAAGAUCUUCACAAAUACCAGGGAGCGAUGGAGGCAGCAAAAUGUCAACAGUGCCUUUGCUAAGCUGAGGAAACUGAUUCCCACUCACCCUCCAGACAAAAAGCUGAGCAAAAAUGAAACACUUCGCCUGGCAAUGAGGUACAUCAACUUCUUGGUCAAGGUCUUGGGGGAGCAAAGCCUGCAGCAAGCAGGAGUGGCUGCUCAGGGAAACAUUCUGGGGUUCUUCCCCCCAGGACCCCACCUGCCAGGCCUGGAGAACAGGACUGUCCUUGAUGACUACUGUGUUUCUUCACCUGGCGCAGACCACCACCUUCCAUAGUGUGACUUCAGCUGUCAUCGCCCAGUGCAGCACUUGUCAGAGUCACCCACUGUGGACAGCCUCAUACAGGUUCCAGAGUCAACUCAUGAAUGACCUGUGAGGCAUGAAUUAAGCCUCAAGGGAGGUGGCUCACAGACAGCUUCAGGGAGCUGAAAGGAGGCCACAAGGACUGUUUCCCUGGAACCCAUCGCCCCGAGGACUUCAGGCCAAACCGUGCUUCUGUCUGUUUUACAAAUUCAGGUUCUACACUGGAUGUUUGCAGAAAAAAUCAUGGAUUUAAAAAAUCACUGUUUUACUCAAUGUAUUUAAUAAUAAGAAAGGAGUUUUCUUGUAAUGGAUCUCAGAUGAAUGAACAGAAUGUUUUCCUCACAACAUAUUUGAAAGUUAGUUUUUGAAAAAUGAGACAUAUUUGGUCAAGGAGAAACAAAAUGAAUUUUAAGACUGGUGAAUGAAAGAGAGCCCCUGAAGAACCAACUUGAGAGACUUGUGGGGAAAUCUUUGGAAAAAAGCCCCCCUGAGGAGCGAGGAUUGCAUAGCUGUGGAAGAGUUUUGUAUCCUUUAAAUACUAUGGAAAUGUGAGUUUUAUUCAUAUUGAGCCAUUAAUACAUAUGAUAUCUCUAAAGUCAAACAGUGGGUUAUAUCUGUGAAAGGAGAAAGACCUGAUAAUUUAUGAGUUGAGUUCAUAGUUUUCUUAUUUUAAAAAAAAGUUAGCUAAAAUAAAUUAGCAAACCCCUUGGUUUCACAUGUCAGGUAUUAAAACUUUUAAUUCAGCCUGAGUUCCUGCUGACUUAAGUACCAUGAGAUUCUAUUAUAAUUAUGAAAAUCCAAACAUUACCAUUUAAUGACUCAUUUUACAGAGUUUAGUUUAAACAAAACAUUUAGAGU